CAAUAAAGCAAACGAAUAAUAGUCAGUGAAUCAGCAAACAUAUUAACUUCUAGACGUUCAAAAUCAGUGAGAUAGUACAUAAAUUAAGAUUCUCACUUGGCUCAGCUCGAACUCAGCAUUAACGAAGUAUCUUCAACUGGUACUCGUAGUUAAGAACGACCCAGCAAAGGAAUCGGGUGAAAAGUAUGCAGCAGUUCAAAAAUAUUUUGCCGGCAGUAGUAUUUAUUUUACUCCUAUUUGAAAGUAAGUGGACUUUCGUUAAAGGGCAAGCGGAACCAACACUUGAAGUAAAAAAAUGUGCUGAGGUGAAGCGGCGCUUAUUCGAAGAGGUACAAACUUUUAGCGCCUUCAUACAUGGGGCCGAAGAAUUAAGUUUUACGGUAGAUAAUUGUAAGCCGUAUGCACCGCUUAUUGUUGGUGGAAGCCCAGCAAGCCCAAAGGAAUUUCCACACAUCGCGCGUUUGGGUCACGAGGAGAAAGAUAGGCCGACAGAGUGGUUUUGUGGUGGCACGUUAAUAAGUGAGAAAUAUGUUUUGACUGCAGCGCACUGCUUCACGUCGAGUCGCGGUCAAGUGAACGUGGUUCGCUUAGGUGAAUUGGAUUUUGAUAGAGAGUCUGAUGACGCACGGCCAGAAGAUUUCAGGGUUCGACGCUACGUUGAGCAUAAAGAUUACAACAGUGGAACAAUUUACAAUGAUAUAGGCCUCGUAGAACUGGAGCGUGCUGUUCAUUUCGAUGCGUAUAAGCAUCCUGCUUGUUUGCCCACCACUUCAGGUGAUGAGUUUGAAAAAUUAGUCGCGAUAGGAUGGGGAAGUACACGCUUCGCCGAUGCUGAUUCAACAAAGCUUUUAAAAGUGACGCUCGAACGUUUCAGCUUCGAUCGUUGCCAACGUCUUACAGAAUCAGCAGAUGUAGAGCAGCUGCCGAGAGGUGUGGAAAAUCGUUUGCAAAUAUGUGCUGGAUCCAAUGAGACAAAAGACACUUGCAGUGGUGAUUCAGGAGGUCCAUUAUUGGCAUAUCACCCAGACUAUCCGUGUAUGUACACGAUAAUUGGUAUUACAUCAUUUGGUAUCGGUUGUGGUACGCCUGAUCAACCGGGCAUCUACACGCGUGUAUAUAACUUUAUUGAUUGGAUUCGAAACUCUGUUUGGGAGCAGUAGAGUAACAACAAAAACGAAUAAAACCCUACAUUACUAAUGAAAAAUAAAA